AGGAAGAGCGCGGCCGGCGGCGGUGCGCGGCGCGGCGAGCAGGGGCCGGGCCGAGGCGAGCUCCGCGCGGGCCACCAUGGCCACGGACGAGCUGGCCAGCAAGCUGAGCCGGCGGCUGCAGAUGGAGGGCGAGGGCGGCGGCGAGGCCGCCGAGCAGCCCGGGCUGAACGGGGCGGCGGCGGCCGGGGCGCCCGACGAGGCGGCCGAGGCGCUGGGCAGCGCGGACGGCGAGCUGAGCGCCAAGCUGCUGCGGCGCGCCGACCUCAACCAGGGCAUCGGCGAGCCCCAGUCGCCCAGCCGCCGCGUCUUCAACCCCUACACCGAGUUCAAGGAGUUCUCCAGGAAGCAGAUCAAGGACAUGGAGAAGAUGUUCAAGCAGUAUGAUGCCGGGCGGGACGGCUUCAUCGACCUGAUGGAGCUAAAGCUCAUGAUGGAGAAACUUGGGGCCCCCCAGACCCACCUGGGCCUGAAAAACAUGAUCAAGGAGGUGGAUGAGGACUUUGACAGCAAACUCAGCUUCCGGGAGUUCCUCCUGAUCUUCCGCAAGGCAGCGGCUGGGGAGCUGCAGGAGGACAGUGGGCUCUGCGUGCUGGCGCGCCUCUCCGAGAUCGACGUCUCCAGCGAGGGCGUCAAGGGGGCCAAGAGCUUCUUUGAGGCCAAGGUCCAGGCCAUCAACGAGUCCAGCCGCUUCGAGGAGGAGAUCAAGGCGGAGCAGGAGGAGAGGAAGAAGCAGGCGGAGGAGAUGAAGCAGCGCAAGGCUGCCUUCAGGGAGCUGCAGUCCACCUUCAAGUAGCCGGGCUGCGGCCGCGUCUACCUGGGCCGGCCCCGCGGGCAAGGGCGGGCGCUGGAGGCCGAGCCUGAGCCCUCGCCCUGUCUCACGGGACCACUGCUAAAAACCUAAACAUCCUGUGACCGGGGCCAGUUGAGGGGUCUCCCAGAGGUGGCCUGGCUGCUCCCUGCUCCCUCCCACUGUUCCUGAGGCCGACACCAGCGCUGGCUCCCUGCCCGGCCCUCCCUGGCCACCCCCGCGGCUCUGCCCCUGCUGCCUGCUCCCGCGCUGCUCCGGGCCCAGCUCCGGGGCCCUGGGCCCCUCCCCGCCCUGUGGGUCUGCCCUCCACCCCCGCUCCGCCGUGCCCAGGGGCCACCUGCCCUCGGUCAGCGGGCUGCACUGCCGCCGGGGCCCUCAGAGAUGGAAAGAGUCGGGGCCACCCCCAUGGAGCGGGACACGAGGGGGCCCCACCCCAGGACCUUUUCUCCUGCCUCUGCCUCCUCUGUCUGCUAGAAUGGCGGGGGCUGUUUUGGUGAAGGGACCACCCCAUGCUGACGUGGAGACCCCAGGUCUCUGGGGCCCAGCCAGGCAGGGUGAGGGCAGCUGUGCCGAUCUACCUCACGGGCCCACCCUCUGUCGGGCAUGCCAUGGAAUCGUGGGCAAGGAACGCUCUGGGGGGCAGAGACACCUCCCCUAGCACCGCCCCCCCCGAACUCCCUGAGGGUCGCAAGGGGCCCUGGAGAGAGUAGGGUGGGAGGAGGACUCGGGGCCUUCGCAGGGAAGGAAACCAGAGCUUCACGUUGAUUGCCCUGGAAGUGCCCAAGAAGUGCUUUAAGCGUGUUUGCAUGCACCAGGCGGCGGCAGGGCCCUGCUCGGCCCUCUGACGCCUGCCUCCCCAAGCGAUGUCCACCGCCUUGUCACCAGCGACGGGACCUGCCUGCCAUGCCCACCCCGAGGUGGCAUGGGGACCCCAGCCCCCCCGUGCCGCCGGCCCGGUUCUGCCGCAGCGCCCCGUGUGCUUGCUCACGUGUGUGUGUGUGUGUGUCCGUUGCUGUGUCGUGAAGCCGUGACCGUCACCCAGUCCAAACAAGUGCACGGCCCUCGAGGCCACAGUUAUGCAACCUUCAGUGUGUGUCAUAACAGCGUCACUGCUUUUUAAGCUCAAUAACUCUUUAUUUUAGUAAAAUGCCCCAGGAGUCUGUGGAGCUCUGUUGGACUUGCAGAGGUUUUAUUUUUUUGGCCUUAGAAUCUGCCGAAUUGAGGAGGGACUGAGCCCGGCGCAGCCUUGGCCCUGGGUUGUGUUUGCCUUAGCAGAUAUGUUUAUACAGAUGGAUAUAAAAUUUUCUUUUCCUUUUG